GGAGGACCCCAAAGAAAUGAGCCAAGAGGCAGCGAUAACGAGCUUCAAGAAAUUCCAAGAGUCAUGGAUCGAUCAGCUACGAAACCACAUGAACCACCUCCACUCCGCCCAAAACCACCACCGGAACUCCGCUACCGGCGAUGAGGAACGUUUAAGGGAAGCUGUGGAGAGAGUGAUGGAACACUUUAGAGAGUACCACAGGGCCAAGUGGGCGACGACGGAGAAAGACGUGAUCGGAGUUAUGGCUACUCCAUGGGCUUCAGCUCUUGAACGGUCACUCCAUUGGGUCGGUGGUUGGCGACCAACCACCUUGUUUCAUCUGGUUUACACUGAAUCGAGUAUUUUAUUUGAGUCUCGUAUCCUUGAUAUACUUCGUGGCUUUCGCACAGGUGACCUCAGCGAUCUCUCUCCGUCUCAGUUCAGGACGGUGAGUGAGCUACAAUGUGAGACGGUGAAGGAAGAGAACGCGAUAACGGAAGAGUUAUCGGACUGGCAAGACGAUGCGAGUGACCUCGUCAUGGGGACAUCUUCCGAUCCCGACCAGAGGAUCCGACGGCUAGCAGAAAUCGUCCAUCGAACUGAUGAUCUGCGACUGAGAACGAUCACACGUGUGGUGGAGCUCCUGAAUCCGCUCCAACAAGCAGAGUUUCUUAUCGCUGCGGUUGAGCUUCGUACCGGCGUUGCUGGUUGGGGGACUAGCCAUGACCGUCGUCGAAGUUCCGAAGUUUAAGGCUAAUUAAAACGGUUUAAAAGGUAAUGAGAAUUGUGGAAGAAAGUUAGUUUUUUGAUAUUAAUUUAUGUUCUUACCAUGUUUUUGGUUAUCCAGACUGAGUUUGGUUGUUUUACAUGGUUAUGAAAUAAACUACAAAAAUAUGUUGCCUCUCCGGUUGCAAUACAGAUCAACUUGUGUG